AUGGGGUUAGCAGAGUCUUCGUAUUCCCCCAAUUCGGUGGGCUGGAUAUCCAACGUCUUCACUGCCGUUUUUCUUCCUCUUGUGCUCAUUUUUGUCGCAUUGCGAUUCUACUGUCGGAAGAAGAGCAAUACAAGCUGGGGAUGGGAUGAUGUUUUAGUUGGAAUCGCGACAAUAGGUCAAAUAGGCCUUGCUGCACUCAGCUUUGAUAUGACAGUCAAUGGAGGCAACGGCCACCACGAAGCGUAUCUAAAUAGCCAGCCACAGACACUUAGGCACGGAGGCGUCGAUUCCUUCGCAAUAAUAGUGGUCUAUUACGCCUUUGUCAAUAUACCCAAGCUGGCCGUGUUGACGUUGUACCAUCGCCUCUUCUCCAUGCAUCCCUAUGUCAUCCUAGCCACCCGUCUCCUCAUCGGUGUGCUCAUUAUCCAAACCCUGAUAUCGGUCUUGCUCCUGCUGCUGACGCUGAGAAUUAAUUCCAUUAAUCCCAACUACCUGCAGAUUUAUACGUCGGUGCCGAAUAUUGUCACUGACGUUCUGAUGCUGCUUCUUCCGAUGCCGGUUGUGUUGAGGCUGCACGUACCGCGUAGUGUGAAAUUCGGUAUUGCAUUGACCUUUUUGGUUGGUAGUCUGUACGCCCUCCCUGUUUUCCCCUUCUGUGCGAUAGACUAA